AUGGCGAAAUACGAUUUUGUCAUGUUGUGGAUCUUGACACUGACAGCCACCAUUGCGGCUGCCAGACCCAUGGUCGUUGACAAAGGGCGGCAGAUAACAUACAGUGGUUUGGACCGCAAUGGAAUCGAAGUGUUUUUGGGUAUUCCUUUCGGCCAGGAUACUGGGGGCGAAAAUCGUUUCAAACCGCCAGUGGCCGUUGUUACUCCACGCGGCAGCCAUGUCAAUGCUACUGCAUAUGGGCCAAUUUGCCCCCAGCAGCUACGUGCUAGUUCACAGGGCAAGCUGGUACUUUCUGAAAACUGCUUGAAUCUCAAUGUUGGAAGGCCCAAGGAUACGAGGAGUCAUGAUAAGUUGGCGGUUAUGGUAACCAUCUAUGGUGGGGGUUACUGGGGAGGACAUAUUCAGGAUCCGAGAUGGUUGCCUGACAACAUGAUCAUGGAAUCGUUGGCCAAUGGUCGUCCAAUCAUCCAUGUUGCGAUGAACUAUCGCCUAGGAGUGUUCGGGUUUGCUCAGACCACGACCCUCAGAUCUGAGGGAUCAGAGAAUGCUGCCCUGAGAGACCAGCGACUGGCGCUCGAAUGGGUUCGGGACAACAUCGCCGCAUUUGGCGGUGAUCCAAAGAGGGUAACGAUAUUUGGACAGUCAUCAGGAGGCGUAUCCGUCGGUAUGCAGAUGUUGGCAUAUGGGGGAAAGGUGCCAGUUCCAUUUCAACAGGGCAUCUGCCAGAGUCAAGUACUUGAGCCCGGCAUCAUGGGCAAUUUUACGAGAACAGCAAUGGAGUUAGUGACAGAGAAGGCAAAUUGCACAUCUGGAGACUUCAACUCGAAAGCAGCGCUAAAGUGCCUACGGGAAUUGGAUACUGAGACAUUACUCGCAGCAUCUAUAGCGACAUACAAAAACGACAUCUCCCACAAUAUUGGAGAUAUAUGGCUCCCCAGCGUCGAUGGUGAUUUUCUCCCUGAUGCACCGUCAGUACUGGUCGCCCAACGGCGCUUUGCCCCCGUUACUACUAUGAUGGGAUGGUGUGAGGACGAUCUUACUCGAUUUGUGUAUACCAAUAUAACGACGUCAAGAGGUGCAGGAGACUUCAUUGCAUCCUAUGCACCGAACGUAUCUCGAAAGAACAUCGAUACUCUUCUCGAAUUAUAUCCUACAGAGGAGUUUCCCGAGAACAAAACUGCCGGAUUAUCCAGAGACUUCUAUCGCACGGCCAGAAUUUUUCGAGAUAUAGUGAUGACCUGCGAACCAUUUCUAGUUGGAGAACAUGCUGCCGCGGAAGGAGCUGAUGCGUUCUUUUUCUCCUGGAACCAAACUAUAGCUCCAAGUGCACUAGGAGUGUUGCAUGGAGCAGAUUUGCCAUACGUCUAUGCCAACCUUUCUGCUUAUAUAGCUCCUGGAUCACCUACACGCCCAACCUCGUCGGACUAUGAAUUGUCACAUAGAGCCUCACGAUCCUGGUCAACGUUUGCCAAUACCAAAGAACCAAGUUUACCGCGUCAUAAUACCUUCAAAGGGUUCCGAAAAAGCUUCUCCAAGCACAAUGAGAUACUAGUGUUUGUUGCCGGUGGGCCCAACGAAGGGCUAUCGAGUAUUGACGGCCAUGGUUCGCAUAGCGUCUUAGCAGGGCAGAAAUUGAGAGAGAGAUGUGCCUUCAUCAACUCUCCGGAAAUGAUUCAUGAGUUAGGAGUCUAG